CAGGGCCGCCUUUGAUGUGGGCGCGGCGCACCCAGGCUAGCUGAGCGCCCGUCCGGCCGCGCCCCGAGGGGGGAGCCCCCGGGCCCCGCAUCCUCAUUGUGCCGGCUCGGGCCCGGGCCCGCCCCCGGCCCCCCGCCCCCUCGCCGCCCGCGCGUAGAAAACGCCCCGGCCGCCGCCAGUGGUGGGAGGUGGCGAUGCGCACGGCCGGAGAGACGCGGAGGAGGAGACAUGAGCCGGCGGGCGCUCAGACGGAGCGGCCGUGACGCGUUCGUGCUGCAGCCGCGCGCCCCGGCCCCGGAGCGCUGACCCCUGGCCCCGCGCAGCCCCGCGCCUCGCCUGGAGAGCGCGCCCCAGCUUCCAGCCCCGCCACGCAUGCUGCCCCCGGAGUAAGCAGGGCAGCCAGCCUCCCGCAGACGCCCGGACGGCCGGCCGGCCGGCCGGCAGUGAGCAAGCUUUCUCGCACCGGCCGGUGCCUCCUGCACAGCGGCGGCCGCCCCGCAGCCCCCGCUCCAGCCCGGAGGGCGCAGCGCUCGGGAGGAGCCGCGCGGGGCGCUGAUGCCGCAGGGCGCGCCGCGGAGCGCCCCGGAGCAGCAGAGUCUGCAGCAGCAGCAGCCGGCGAGGAGGGAGCAGCAGCAGCGGCGGCGGCGGCGGCGGCGGCGGCGGAGGCGCCCGGUCCCGGCCGCGCGAAGGGGACAUGUGCAGGCUGGGCUAGGAGCCGCCGCCUCCCCCCCCGCCCAGCGAUGUAUUCAGCGCCCUCCGCCUGCACUUGCCUGUGUUUACACUUCCUGCUGCUGUGCUUCCAGGUACAGGUGCUGGUGGCCGAGGAGAACGUGGACUUCCGCAUCCACGUGGAGAACCAGACGCGGGCUCGGGACGAUGUGAGCCGUAAGCAGCUGCGGCUGUACCAGCUCUACAGCCGGACCAGCGGGAAGCACAUUCAGGUCCUGGGCCGUAGGAUCAGCGCCCGCGGCGAGGACGGGGACAAGUAUGCCCAGCUCCUAGUGGAGACAGAUACCUUCGGUAGUCAAGUCCGGAUCAAGGGCAAGGAGACGGAAUUCUACCUGUGUAUGAACCGGAAAGGCAAGCUUGUGGGGAAGCCCGAUGGCACCAGCAAAGAGUGUGUGUUCAUCGAGAAGGUCCUGGAGAACAACUACACAGCCCUGAUGUCGGCCAAGUACUCUGGCUGGUACGUGGGCUUCACCAAGAAGGGGCGGCCACGGAAGGGCCCCAAGACCCGGGAGAACCAGCAGGACGUCCACUUCAUGAAGCGCUACCCCAAGGGACAGGCAGAGCUGCAGAAGCCCUUCAAGUACACCACAGUGACCAAGCGGUCCCGGCGGAUCCGCCCCACACACCCCGGCUAGGCUGGCCCCGCUGUGGCCCCGCCAGGCUUCCCCAGCCCACACUCACACUCACAGAGAACUGCAAUCAGAGGAAUAUUUUUACAUGAAAAAUAAGGAAGAAUUUCUAUUUUUGUAUAUUGUGUUUAAAAGAAGACAAAAAACUGAACCAAAAUUCUUGGGGGAGGGGAGCGAUAAGGAUUUUAUUGUUGACUUGAAACUCCCUAUGACAAAAGACUCACACCAAGGGACUGUUGUCAACACACAGGUGCUUGUGUCUCUCUAGGAACAGACAACUCUAAACUUGUCCCCAGAGGAGGACUUGAAUGAGGAAAACGACACUCUGAGAAACCAAAGUCCUUUUUCCCAAAGGUUCUGAAAGCAAAAAAAAAAAAAAAAAAAAAAAAAAAGAAAGACAAAAAAAAGACAAAAAAAGCAAAAAAAAAAACAAAAAAGAGAGAGAGAAA